UCUGACCUGAUGAGGCGUGUGCAUAUAAGAAGUCUAGCUGUGAAGUGUUUCAAAUGGAGAACUCAAGUGAAUGACAUUGUUUUCUCCAUUUAUAUGAAUCCUAAGGCAAUAUCCACCAUCAAAUGAAAGUGAGGAGCCUCUGACGUGAGCUUGAGAAAACAAACUACAGGAGUGGUUGUACGGAAAGUUAAUCAUCAUAACAAUGCUCAAACAAUUUAACCUCCUGAAGCAGUUUGGAGGUGUGGGGAAGUCUCAGGAUGCAACAGAUCUUCUCUCAGAGGAUUUGGUUUUGGUGGAGCAGCGUGUGGAGCCAGCGAGGAAAGCCGCCCAGAUCAUUCAUAAGAAGCUGACCAGCUGCCUUCAGAGUCAGCAGGGCCUGGAUUCAGACAAACGCAUGAAAAAGCUCCCUCUCAUGAUGCUUUCUGUCAGUAUGGCUGAGAGCUUUAAAGAUUUUGAUGCUGAAUCUUCUAUUAGGAAAGUUCUGGAAAUGUGCUGCUUCAUGCAAAAUUUUCUGGCACAAACUUUGGCAGAUUUUGAGAUGAAGUUGGAAAAAGAUGUUCUGGAGCCUCUAAAUAAACUCAGUGAGGAAGACCUUCCUGAGAUUUUGAGAAACAAGAAGCAGUUUGCUAAACUCACAACAGACUGGCACAAUGCACGCACCAGAUCCCAAGCUAGUACGGGUCCUCAGGCCAAGCAGGAUGGACUGAGGGAGGAAGUGGAGGAGGCCUGGAGGAGACUAGAGUCAAUCAAGGAUCAGUAUUCAGCAGAUCUCUACCAUUUCGCCACUAAAGAGGAUGAGUAUGCUAACUACUUCAUUCGUCUCUUAGAACUCCAGGCCGAACACCACAGAGUCUCCUAUGAAUUCUUAGAAAAAAACAUCACUGAGCUCAAGGAAAGUCAUAGUCAAUCAGAGCCCCAGGUGGGUGUUUCCGCAGGACAAGUGUAUGGAGAGUCUCUGCUCUCUCACCUGAAGAGCUCUGGCCGAGACAUUGCUCUGCCCAUUCAGGAGUGUGUUAACAUGCUGCUACAUACAGGACUUAGAGAAGAGGGUUUGUUCAGACUGGCAGCAGCUGCCUCGGUGGUGAAGAAGCUGAAGAGCAGCUUGGACUCAGGGACAGUGGAUCACACUGAGUUCAACGCAGACCCACAUGCAGUAGCAGGCGCUCUGAAGUCUUACCUGAGAGAACUACCAGAACCUCUCAUGACGUCUGAACUGUAUAAUGAUUGGUUCAGAGCAGCUGGAGAGAAAGAAUUAGACAGCAAAUUGGAGCAGUUGCGGGAAGUAUUGAAAAAACUCCCCCCAGAAAACUACAACAAUCUCCGAUACCUUGUACAGUUUCUGGCAUGUUUGUCAGAACAGCAGGCUGUAAACAGGAUGACUCCAAGUAAUAUUGCCAUAGUGCUCGGACCUAAUCUACUGUGGCCUCGUACUGAGGGAGAAACCUCCCUGCUGGACAUGGCUUCUGCCUCCUCAGUCCAGGUUGUGACAGUUAUGGAACCACUUAUACAAUAUGCCAACAUCCUGUUCCCUGAAGAAAUUGAUUUUGACAUUCCAGAGCUGCCAGAGCUGUCUCCAUCUUUACCUCAGAGGAGCCUGUCUGAUAGCAUCUUUCCUUCCUCUCCACCUGCCUCUGCCCAUGCCUCUGUCUCAAAAACUGACAGCACAACUUCAUCUAACGACUUUGGGCCAGCGGUAAUCGUCAAGACAGGCCCACUCAAUCGUGGUGCAACAGUAUGGGAGAGUAAUAUUCCUCCUCCAGUCAGUCAAUCAUCUGCUCAGGGCCCAAGUCCAAAUCCAGUACCCUGUCAUAAUCAGCACCAAGUCCAGACCAGUCCUCAGACCCAAGCCCAGCCUCAGAUCCAGACUCAGGCUCGAACUCAUCCGAAGACUUCUAGUCCUGGAGAGGGUAGCUCAGGACAGGCUCAUGGUUCACCUGAGCCCACACUGAAAAUCACAACUCCAUUUAAACCAAGGAGGUCUUUCAUUCAGCCUAGGUCAUACAGAGAAUCUAUGGCUAUAACCUAUGGCAAAUCCAAAGCCCCCAUUUCUCCCUUGAGCCAGGUUGGAAUUUCUCCAAUGCCAGUGCCAAGAAGCUUAGCAUCAGCCCUUCCCACAGUUCCUGAAGCACUUGCACAGCCUGUGGCCAAAACCCAAGCUCCACCUGCCCCUUCAGCUUCACUGCCCGAAGCAGGGCCACAGCGAAAGGCCCCUGGCAAAAGACCCAAAAUCCCGCCGCCAUUACCGCCCCAGCAGCUGCCCAAGCAGCUCUCAUCCUCAAUCCAGUAAGUCCAGAUGCAUCCAUCUGCCGAUCUAGAGACCAGAAGCAGGUCUAGACAUGCAGUUUCAACAACGUAAUGUGACUUUAGAUUUAACUACGAACAUCUUGUGUUAAUGUAACACUGUUUGUGUUAUUUAUGUGCCAGUGUUGUGCUAGCAUAAAAUUUAAAUAGCUAGCUAGUAUAUUUUUUAGCUGUUCAGUCAUCUUAUACUUAAGAUAGUUUGACACAUCUGAACUUCUUUUCAGGGUGUAUAACUUUACAUUUAGGGUAUUAGUUUUCAUUAUGACUUAAAAGGCAAAUUCUUGAUGAUUAACAAUUAAGUUAGCAACGUUGGCUUUUAGCUAGCUAGCUGUUAACUUCAGCUGUGAACAGGUAGUCCAAGUAACCUUAAUCAUGACCCUAACUCUGAGGGGGGUACAAACCACAGCAUGUCUUGAAACAGCAGGUCUAGAACUGCUGCUGGCCCUCUGGCACCUCAGUUUAAUUUCAUUUUUCAGUGACUACCCCUCAUCCCUCCCAAACUGUGUGUUUACAACAUACAUAACACAAGCGCUCACUUCCCGAUGGAAGUGUGGGGUAUCGUUUUAAAACAGAACUCCCAACUCUUGUGAACAUGAAGUUAAAAUAUUUUGUCACCCUAGCAAUUUGCACUGCAGUUAGCAAUGGCCUAAGCACUCUGCCAUCAGGGUAAGCUGAGCUAGCAUUUGUUAAUGUAAGUUCCUUAAAGUUAGUUAGAUAGCUUUACUUUAGCUUCAGCUGGCUGCAGGUUACUGAAAACUUUUGCAAUUCAUGGGCACAGACAAAAAAUUAAAUACUCACAUAUGGCUAUAUGUUAGCUAAAAUCUUGUGCAUAUCUUGUUUUUUGAGCUGGGGAUAGCUCUUUGCCAUAGAAUUGUGAUAAAAAAUCAGUUAAUUCAGUUUGAGUCAAACCAAAGGUUUGCAGGGCUACCAGUAUAAACUUUCCUUAACCUAUUUGAGAAAUGGAAUGCCCUUCAAGACAGAGGCUGAUGGAGGCUCCUUAAAGGGAGGGACAGAGGGGAAGUCUGAAAGCCUUUCUUUUCAAGAGGCAUAAUGCAGGACUGGUCUGCAGAUGGAUGAUGUUAAUAGAUUAAGUCCAGCCCACAAAUGCCAGCUCAUGUCAUACUUGUUCUUUUGAUGAAGUACAUUAAAAAU